AUGGAGAACCCUGUUGAUGAGCACACGCUCAUCAACGUGUUCAUCUACGGCCUUGUAGAUGGGCCGGUGAAGACCUACAUGUUCCGAGAGGACUUCCAUACACUGGAAAAGGAGAGAGCGUAUGUGGAACAAAAGACUUCAGCCUGA